UAACACUUUGGAUACACGACGCAGAGUAGAGCGAAGCGAACCCCAUGAACGCACACACACAGUAAGAAGGAGAAAGCUUUCUUCAAUUUCAAGGUUCACGCUGGUCAAUUGGAGUUGACAGCGAGAGAUGGAGGGUUCAAAGUUUCUGCAAGGUGAGUCGAAGAGAGUUUUCAGUGAAGGCAUUGAUUUGGUUCUGAAUCGGUGGUCGGCGCUGCAAACAGCCGUUGAGAACGAAUGGGGUGGCCGUGAUUCAAACCUCAAAGCGCAUCAACUCGCCGCUGACGUGCUUUCCUGGUUCACCCAAUCCAAAGAGCCGCUUUAUAUUGAUGACCUAGAAGCCAUAUUCGAUGAAGGAAUGCUUUCUCUAAAUGUAGAGGUUGAGGAUGGAAGCAUUGAAGAGGUAGCUGGAAAUUUAAUGGCUAUGCAUGACGAAUGCGUAGAGGGUAAUUUUAGGUCCAUUGAUAUACUCAGGGAAGCCAAUAUUAAGCAAGCUGCUCGUCCUCGACUAGCACAGAUUGUCAACGAUGAUGAAGAUGAAGACAGUGAUAAUGAUGAGAACAUUAUUGGGGGUGAUAACUCUUCAAACAUGGAUGUGGACAUCCAAAAUUUUGAGUCAGACAUGAAUUCAGUAAACAAGCCAGCUAAUGAACCUCUGUCAAAGGCUGCAGCUGAAGCUGAUGACGGAUGGGUUGCCGUUUCAAGGAGGAGUAGAGGUAGAAAAAAUUAGAUGAAAAAACAAUUUAUUUUUAAGGAUACGUAGUCUUCCUCUGUUUUCUUGUGCCUUUUGAGGCUUUGAGGCAUUGCAAACCUUCAUAGGGUGUGUAACUAAGUAUCUGAACUUUUGUUUACUUAAUAUACGAGGUCUUUAGAUUCGAAA